UCUAAAAUAAAUAUAACUGUACAAUUGUUUUCUUUAUGUAUCAUUAAUUUUUACUACAUAUACAGUAGGUUUCAGUGGCAAUGAAGUCUGUGCACUGCAAUGUGAUGCUAGACGCUGAACUCUAUAGAACAGCAUGACGAUCUUUGGGUUUUCAUGUGAUAAACCAUUCAUUUAUAAUCGCUUUGCUAGGAUCACCAAGCCAGUCCAAAACUACAGAGACCCCCAUUCCACACACAGCUGCACAGCUUACAAAACCACAGAGACCCCCAUUCCACACACAGCUGCACAGCUUACAAAACCACAGAGACCCCCAUUCCACACACAGCUGCACAGCUUACAAAACCACAGAGACCCCCAUUCCACACACAGCUGCACAGCUUACAAAACCACAGAGACCCCCAUUCCACACACAGCUGCACAGCUUACAAAACCACAGAGACCCCCAUUCCACACACAGCUGCACAGCUUACAAAACCACAGAGACCCCCAUUCCACACACAGCUGCACAGCUUACAAAACCACAGAGACCCCCAUUCCACACACAGCUGCACAGCUUACAAAACCACAGAGACCCCCAUUCCACACACAGCUGCACAGCUUACAAAACCACAGAGACCCCCAUUCUACCACAGGGCUGCUAUCCCAGCCUGCCCUCCUCCCUCCUCCCCACUCCUCCAUGGGGCUGCUAUCCCAGCCUGCCCUCCUCCCCACUCCUCCACGGGGCUGCUGGGAUUGGCUGCCUGCUGACUGUUGACUGACUUAUCAGCCUCUUAUCAGGGCGCAGGUACCUGAUGUUUAAUUUUCUUCAGUUAGCAGUGAGCUGGGCUCGGAAGAGAAGGUUUGUCUCCAGUCAGCAGCAUAGUGGCAGCUCUAGACCAGGACAGGAGAGGAUGGACGGUUCUGCUGAGCUUGGGAUGGAGAGUUUGAGGGGACCAGAGACCCCCUCUUCCAGUGGGAAGCAGCAGAAGGGUGGGGCUGAGGCAGUGCUUUCUGAAGUAGCUGUACCAGGUGGUGCGCAGAGUCACAGUAACAUGUCUGUGAGCAGCUGCCAGUCCCAUUCUGCUCAGGAGAGCAGUACUGUGAUAGAGGAAGGCAAUGACAACCUCUUGCUGUCCAUUGAUAACACAGCAGGAGGCUCUGUUGCUUUAGACCUGGGUCUUGAUGGAAGCGGACUGGGCUGCCCUCCUGAGCUGCUGCCCUCCAGCUGCUUCUCCAUCCCCAUGCCCAUGCCAGCGGGAUCUUCGGAGGACCAGGACGAGUGCCCGAUCUGCACGGAGCCGUACGACGGUGCCGACCACAGGAGGGCGCUACUGAACUGCAAGCACGCGGUGUGCAGCAGCUGUCUGGAUGCCUUGCAGGAGAGCAGCAGCAGAGCCGACAUCGGCCGGGUGAGCUGCCCGCUCUGCCGCCAGAACACUCCCAUGCUGGAGUGGGAGAUCCGGAGGAUGCAGGAGGAGAUGGUGUCCCAGUUCAGCUGCUCUGCAUACACUUCCUCCCAGCAGAGCCCCCUGCUCCCUCUGCCAGCCCCUCCCUUCCCUGGGGCCACCCUGGAGAGGCAGCUCCAGACCACAGGCAUGUCCAGCUGCCUGGUCUGCCUGCGCUGCCCCACCUGCCUCCUCCCCAUGCUGGGCCGGUCCAGCUCCUCCUGCCCCUGCUGCUACAGGCUCUCCCUGCUGGAGAUGAGCUGUGUGCUGCUGCUCUCCCUGCCUGUCAUCAUCCUGGUGCUGCUCUGCACAGCCAGGCAGUGAAGCCCGGAGGUCUCCCCUUGCACAGGUCAGCUGACACAUUGAACUUCUACAGCUUCUCUGACUGAGCUCCAGUGUGACCGACUCCCUGAAAACCUUGGACAAGAUCAGAACACUGCAGCGGGAGGAGGGCACCCAUCUCUGUGGACCUGCAGCACCUUUUAAAAUAGAUAAUGCAUGUUAAAGAGCGGGCCAACCUACUGUCCAUGUGUUCUGUGUAAUUCAGUGUACCAAAGGAAUGCAGACAAACUGUGCUUCUGCAUUUCAUUGAAUGUGUUCACUGUUAGUGUUAUUUGCUGCUGUUGUCAUCCUAAUACAUAAUGUCUGCAAUAAAUCUAUCUUCCUCCACUUGAGGAAAAAAAAACUGUGCAUGUGUUUGCAUUUGAGCUGUGAGCUGAUUGGAUGUAAUUCUGUGAUGCAACAGCCGGAAAGUUACAAACAUUCUACUAGCAAGCA